AUGCUCAUCAGAUUUCAGUGUCGUGCUUCCGCCGAACUCAACGUGCUCUCGGGAUUAUCAGCUGUGGUGUCGCUCCUGAGUCGUCGCCGCGGCAUGCUUGUCGCUCUCAUCCUCCUCCAUCCCGUCCAUCUUCUUACUUCAAAAGGUCUCCUUAACGGGGAGACCGGGCCCAAAGGGCCUUCCCUUGGAAUAGGGCGCGCGUCUUCGGCGGACCUUCAAGAGGCUGCCGUCGACCGUGUCCCGGCGCCAGGCCUCAACGCGGCCCAAGGGAAGACCUCGUCAGGCGAACAACAAGGAGCAAUACCACGUCGAGCGAACAGCAAGGAGCAAGAGGGCAGCAAGGAGAAAAAGGGCAGCAAGGAGCAAGAGCACCUCAAGACGGGAGUGAGGGCAAGGCGCAAGACAUCAACGUCCUCAAGACCGGCCGUGAACUGUGUGCUUCAAGACUGCGUGCCUCAAGACCCCCUUGGAAUAGGUGCCCCGCACCGGCGCCAGACCUCAUCGCGGUCCAAGGGUGAACCUCCUCGAAAGGGGAGGGCCAACUGGCGUAUCUCGACUACCGGCUUCUGGCGUGAGGCGACGUAUCACUCCGUGAACGCAGAGUGCCGCGCGAUGCUUGAGUUCUUCGGUCGUGCUUCAGCCGACGCCAACGUCUCCUGA